GGUCACAAUGGCGUCGACGGUUCCCGAAAACCUAUCCCGAGACCAGUAUGUAUUCCUGGCAAAGCUGGCCGAGCAAGCCGAGCGCUACGAGGAAAUGGUUCAGUUCAUGCAGAAGCUGGUGCUCGGCUCGACCCCGGCCUCGGAGCUCUCCGUGGAAGAACGGAACCUGCUCUCCGUGGCCUACAAGAACGUGAUCGGUUCGCUCCGAGCCGCGUGGCGCAUCGUCUCCUCGAUUGAGCAGAAAGAGGAGGGGCGCAAGAAUGAGGAGCACGUGGUCCUAGUCAAGGACUAUAGAUCCAAGGUCGAGUCCGAACUCUCCGAGGUCUGCGACAGCAUUCUCAGGCUCCUCGAUUCCAAUCUCGUACCUUCCGCCUCGGCCAGCGAGUCCAAGGUCUUCUAUCUGAAGAUGAAGGGGGAUUACCAUCGGUACAUGGCUGAGUUCAAGGUCGAGGAUGAGAGGAAAGCCGCGGCUGAGGAUACUAUGAUCGCGUACAAGGCUGCUCAGGACAUUGCGCUUACGGGUCUUGCUCCAACGCAUCCGAUAAGGUUGGGUUUAGCGCUCAAUUUCUCGGUGUUCUACUUCGAGAUCCUCAAUCUGUCGGAUAAAGCGUGCGGCAUGGCUAAACAGGCAUUUGAGGAGGCCAUUGCCGAGCUAGACACUUUAGGAGAAGAGUCAUACAAGGACAGCACCCUCAUCAUGCAACUUUUAAGGGACAACCUCACUCUUUGGACUUCUGAUGCACAGGACCAGCUAGAUGAGCCAUAGAGUAUUAUAAGCUUGACCGGUCCUAGUCUUCUUCUCGACGAGGUGGGCUUCGAAUGUCAUCCGUGUGCUUGACUAAAAGAGUGCAAUAUAUUGAUGAUUCUGGGCAUCAACCCAUGACGUGAUGUCUUAAUAUUCCCAAAACUGUUCUCUGGAACUGGAUUGGAAAGGGUAGUAUUUGAUAAGAGGACUUGCUAUCCAUCAUGCAAAACUUCAUAUGCCCAUAAUGCGAGCUUGCUCCUUUGUUUUUUUAUUUUUUUUGUGUAAAAAAAAAUGACACAAAAAAAAAAGAACGGAAGCUGAUGAGCAUAGAAAAGACAUUUCAGUUGUGAAAUGAAUAUAUUUCAAAUCGAUUGAUGUUCCUGAUGGACUCCAAUUGUCUAACAAUAUCCUCAAUGAAAGAGGUUGAAGGAUGGCGGUUGGGCGAUGUCCGGCAUAUUUUUGGAGCUGGCUGUGCUGCUGUAUGGCAUAUUCUUCUCGGUACGUACCUUAUGGGUCGAGUGUGAGCCCGAUAACUUUGGUCUCUUUCUUACUGUCGGUAUUUUACUCCAGCGGGCCUUCCAUAGAAACCGAACUGGGGAAACCCUGGGGGCCAACAAUCAUCUUACGAGAGCUGUGCCUAAGUCUUGUAGUAUGGUGCAUUGGAGACCCACGACCCUGAUGAUUUUAGUACGAAACUCUUGUGAUAUAAGCUAUCCUCCCGGGUGCCCUGUUUAUGUAGGCUGCCACAAGUGAUGGGAAAGACGUAUGCAUGAUGGGGUGCUCCAUCAAUACCACCCACCAUACAAAAUUUAGCGUAGUAUGAUUCAACUGAAGCUGGUUUGCGGUUAAAAGCAUCCAAUAGGCCAGCCACUUGCGCAAGGCCAUCCCCAGUUCCAUCCAGACUGAAGUUUAUUUGGACACAACUUGUAAUACCAUCUAUUUGCAAGAACCCUAUAGCAUGUAACUUGCAAACUGUAGG